AUGCUUACGUCCCCCCGAAACCCUCCUGGUUUGUCUAGUUCUAAGCCAGCAAAGAAGUCGAAAGAUGACUAUAAGUUUUGGAAAACUCAGCCUGUCCCCGAUAUUGGUACGUUUCCGGAUGUUCCGGUGUCUCAAAUCAGAACAGACUGUUACAGUCUUCCUGCUGAAUUCGUUUGGUGUAAUCUUGAUCUGAACAACCCUAAGGAGCUUGAUGAAUUGUUCAAUUUGCUGAACGAGAACUAUGUGGAGGAUGACGAUCAUAUUUUCCGGUUUUCAUACGCUCGUGACUUUCUUAAAUGGACUAUGCAGCCCCCGGGUUGGCGUCCGGAGUGGCAUGUGAGCGUUCGAGUUGCAAAGAAUAACAAACUCGUCGGUUUUAUUGCGGGCAUGCCCUGUGAUAUUCGUGUGUACAAUAAGACAAAGAAGAUGGUCGAAAUCAACUUUUUAUGCGUACACAAGCGCUUACGAGACAAACGUAUGGCUCCCGUACUGAUCCGCGAGAUAACGCGACGUGUCCAUCUGCAUGCUAUCUAUCAGGCCGUCUACACUAGUGGAGUCGUGCUUCCGCGACCAGUCGCCACUUGUAGGUACUGGCACCGUCCACUCAAUCCGCGGAAGCUUGUGGACGUUGGCUUCUCCCACCUAACACGAACUAUGACUCUCCACCGAGCCAUAAAGCUCUAUCGUCUACCUGACACUACGAGUCUACCCGGAUUUCGCGUCCUCGAAUCUCGUGAUCUACCCGCCUGCCGUCAACUCCUCGCCACCUACUUAGAAUCCCGUUCACAACUCUACCCUGUCUUCUCGGAGGAAGAGUUCGCUCACUGGUUUCUGCCUCGUGAUGAUGUCGUACAUGCCUAUGUGGUGGAGCGCGCCUCCGAUUGUACCAUCACAGACAUGGUUUCCUUCUAUUCUCUACCCAGUUCGGUGAUGCAGCAUCCAAGGCACAACCUUUUGCGUGCUGCCUAUUCCUUUUAUAAUGUAUCCACUGAAACUCCGUGGGUGGUACUCAUGAAGGAGGCUCUGAUUCUCGGCUAUGACGUAUUUAAUGCGCUUGACUUGCUGGACAACGCAAGUUUCUUCGAAGAUCUCAAGUUUGGCAUCGGCGACGGCAACCUGCACUACUACCUCUACAACUGGCGCUGUCCAACACUCAAACCUGAGGAGGUGGGCGUUGUUCUGCAGUAG